CGAGUAUAGGAAAAAAGAAGAGUGCGAGUAUGAAAGAAAUGAAAUGUGGUACCAUCUGUGUGGUGGGACCAAUGCCUGCCUCAGACAGACUUUCUCCUCUUCUUCCAAUCCAAUGUUCGUUCGAGACCAUCGUCCUCUUUCACCUCCCAAGACCCAAACCCAACUCAACUUCUGGUCUUCUUCUCCUCUCUCUCAUCCAUCUAUGAAAUAAAUAUUCAUACUUUACUUUAAAACCUUAAUAUAAUAAAGAUAACAUAUUACAGAACAUCAGACUUCAAGAACCUUAACGCCCAACAUCAGACUUCAAGAACCUUAACGCCCCCCCCCUUUGGUUGGUUGUUGCCUUACUUCCUCUCCCUCCUGGGUUGGUCUCCUUUCAUUAGCUUUGUUAGAUUAUAUAAUAUCAUUAUUCAUUGUCCUUUUUGGGUAUCUGAGGACUCCUUUAAACUUGCCACUUUCCUCAAAAUCUUUCCUUUUCUUCUGAGUUUUUCUUUUGCUGGCUUAGUACAAUAAUGCAAGCUUCUCAACCUGUCAUUAAUGGAGUUGCAGAAUCAAAUUUUCAGUAAUUUGCUUGAUGCAGGCUGAUUCACAGAAUGUGGAACCAAACAAGGCAGAGGUACUAGAGCCUGGACCAAGUGGGAGGCGCCCAGAUAUUUCGCUUCAAAUACCCCCUAGACCUGUAGCUUUUGGCAGUAGUCGGAGCGGGAAGGGUUUGCUACAGUCUCAAGGUUCUGCUAAAAAUAGUUCUUCAACAGGAGGUUUCUUACGAGCUUUAAGCUUCAAGAAGAAAGGUGUUGUACCAGAGGGUGAGAGAAGUUCUCUCCUCAACUCAGACACCGACACCCAAAGAGCUCCUGAAAGUCCCAUCCUAGCCAACUUGAAGUCUGUAUUUUCUUGGCAACGAUGUACUUCACUUCCUGUUAGACAGGAAUCAAAAUUAUUUCCUUCUGCUGCCACACCUCUUUCAGCAAGAAUGUCUAAUGAGCGGCCUAAACCACAUAAAGAAGAAGACAAGGCUACAGUUUCAAGGUCCCUGUCUGUUCCUGGGAGAAACAUGGUUAUAGUAAGAUCUGUAUCGUUUGCUACUCGUAAUGAGCCAAGCAUACCAGAUCCUAGCGACGAUCAAAUUAGUCCAGCGCCAAUGGAUGAAGAAGAUGAAGAGAUUCCUGAAGAGGAAGCAGUGUGCAGGAUUUGUCUUGAUGAAUGUGAUGAAGGGAAUACACUCAAAAUGGAAUGCAGUUGCAAGGGUGCCCUCAGGCUUGUACAUGAAGAGUGUGCCGUAAAGUGGUUUAGUUCAAGAGGAAGCAAGAGAUGCGAGGUAUGUCAGCAUGAGGUUAAGAAUUUACCUGUGACAUUGCUUCGCAUGCCGAGCUCCGUUCAAAGGAGUAACAGGCGGGAGCGCACUCAACAGAAUCCAGAUUCAGAAUCACUAAGUGCUUGGCAGGACUUGGUAAUACUCAUCUUAAUUAGCACAAUAUGCUAUUUCUUCUUCUUUGAGCAGCUACUGAUCCAUGACAUGAGAAGUCAAGCAAUUAUUGUUUCAGCUCCAUUUGCUUUUACACUAGGCAUUUUGGGAUCCCUUUUUGCAGUUAUCUUAGCAAUCAAGGAAUAUAUAUGGACAUAUGCAGCUCUUGAGUUUGCCCUUGUUGCCAUUAUAGUGCACUUCUUUUACACUCUGCUUCAUCUGAACGCUAUAUAUGCAUUAUUACUCGCUUCAAUUAUGGGUUUUGGGAUAGCAAUGGGAGUGAACUCAUUGUAUAUUAAGUAUUUUGCUUGGAGGGUUAGUGCUGGUGGAAACGCUAAUCCAGCUGGUGAAAACACUAAUCCUGUUUAACUGAAAUUCAAGCACAAUCCAGAUUAGUGGUUAUUUUGAACCAUCGAUUAUGAGAAUUAUUAUACUUGUUAAUCAUGUAGGAAGAUAUGCCGUUUUACCAAGUAAAGCUGUGAAAUCUUUUUGUAGUAUCAAGAGUUAAGCUUGUACAUGAGAAACUAUCAAUUAUAUAAAAGUGAAUAAUGUUCAAUGAAAAAAAAAAUACAUACUAUAUGAGUCAUUUACUAUUUUAGAAUGCAUUUUCAGUGGAACAUUACUAUUUCAUUUAUAUGACAAAGUUCGUCUUUAAAAAAGCAUUAUUCCAAAAAUAAAGAUUUACUUGUUAUGCAUU